GCUCACUCCCAAGACCCUAAGUGUGUGUUUGUGUGGAAUGUCGUCAGUGGAAGUGUAUAAGGUGCAAAUAAAAUUGGGGGGCAGGUUGCCACAGGAAUGUGGAAAUGGGGUCCAUACCCGCACUCCCUGACUUGCCCACCCCCCAAGGUCCUAUGUGUAUGUUUGUGUCAUGAUGUGAGGGAGCAGGAGGAGAGAAAUAUGCGGGGAUGGGGAGGAAUGGCUGACUGGGCUUAGCCCUCCAGGGAGCCAGCUCCCCUACUGGCCCCAAUAGGCACCUCUGUUGUCAAACUGCCACCCAGGGCAUGGAGACCCCAGCCCAUCCUGCCAGGGCCCAAAGCAGCAGCAUUACAGAGCCUCACAGAGUUCAAGGGCACCAACCCAGCCCCACCCCAGCAGAAUAUCUAUGCCCAUCCCUGCAUUUGCACAACUUCCAGAAUAUAUAAGACAUGGGACAUCCAGGUAAGGUUGGGUCCUCCCUAGGGCUGCAACGAAUCCUCGAGUAACUCGAAUGAUUCGAGGACAAAAAAUAUUCGAGGAUUUUCCGCUGCCUCGAGGACUCGUUAAAUAGACCAUAGCUGAAAAAAACUGCGUUUCGCACGGAUUCUUUGUGUUGCACAACGCGGUUACGUCACAGAUUAUACGUGCCAUGCACUCUACUGCACAGCGCGCAGGCGCAGCGGUCUUUUCGUCUUUUCAGCUGGACAGCCAACAAUGGCAGACGCCACGGAAAUAAAUGAAAACAAGCAAGACCAAAACGAGGGAUAUAGGAAGCGACAGAAGUUAUCCAAGGUGUGGGAUCACUUUACGUUAAAAGGCAAGGAAAACGUCGUUGUAUGCAAGCAUUGCAAGGUGGAGCUAGCAUACCACAACAGCACUUCUUCUAUGCUGCAGCACCUCUUAAGAAAGCAUCCGACUGAGGGCAUGAGUGGACGUGCCGAGACCAGUAAAACAUCACAACCUGUCCUGGAUAGAUUUCUGCUGAAAGCACCUGCCUGCACCCCAGCACAAGCAGCCGUACUGACAGACCACAUUCUAAAUAUGCUGGUUACAGACAUGCGCCCGCUGAGCAUGGUGGAGGAUACUGGCUUCAAAGCGAUGAUUGCUGCUUUCCAGCCAAAUUAUGCUCUUCCAUCUCGGACCUUCUUCACAAAGCGGUUGGAAGAAAAAUAUGAAGACAUCAAAAACAAGAUGAAGAAAGCCCUGCAAGAGACUGACACCAUAGCACUUACUACUGAUAUCUGGACAAGUGUGGCAACAGAGGCCUACAUGGUGGUAACGUGCCACUACCUAGAAAACUGGAAAAUCGUGUCUCAUUGUCUUACCACUAUGCCUUUGGAGGAGAGGCACACAGCUGCAAACAUUGCAGAUUGGAUUGAGGAGGUAAUUGCCAAAUUCAGCAUUCCACCAGAGAAAAUCAAGGCUGUUGUACACGACAAUGGUGCUAAUGUUGUAGCUGCAACAAAGAUUUUGCAUGCAAAGCAUGGAUGGGAGCCAGUGACAUGUGCAGGACACACCCUCAACUUGGUUGUGCAAAACACUUUAAAAAGCCAACAGGCUAUCUCCAGGUGUGUGGGUGCAGCAAGAACUCUUGUCAAACAUUUUAAGAAAAGUGAAUUGGCAAGCACAAAGUUAAAGGUCAAGCAGAGGCACAUGGGGACCAAAGAAAACAUGCUGUUGCAGGAUGUCUGCACACGCUGGAACAGCACCUAUGCCAUGUUGUCAAGGCUGCAAGAACAAAGAUGGCCAGUGACUGCUACAUUGUCUGACCCAGAAGUGACCCAAAGAGGGAAACAUUACCUGGAUCUCAAACCCGACCAGUGGAGCCUGAUUGAGGAGCUCAACCAGGUCCUUGAGCCCUUCCACUCUGCCAGUUUUUAUGAGUGGAGAGCAAUAUGUUACGCUUUCUGCACUUCCACAUGUUGUUGACAAAAUUAAGAAGUCACUCCAGAGUCAGAAUCUCGAGUCACCACCUGUGGUGUCAUUCCAGACUCAUGCAAAAGAACAGGUCACAACAAGAUGGAAAGACUUGGGUGAGUUCAAACCUGAGUCUCCAAACAUCACACUGCUUGCUGCUUCUCUGGAUCCCAGGUUUCGAAAACUCAAAUUCUUGCCUGCUGACCAAGCAUUUGGAGUCAAAAACGCAUUGCAAACCAUGGCACUUGCUGUCAAGCAGCAACUGAGGCCUACUGGUUGCGGAAAUGAAGCAUCCAGCACAGCAGAGGGUGCUCCAUCUACAGCACAUAAAAACAAGAUGACCACAUCCUUCCUUGACUCGGACUCCACCAGCAGUGAUGAAGAGCAAGAUGAAGAACAGCUGUCAAAUGAAGCUAUACAGAAUGAGGUAAACAUAAA